ACGUGUAAAUACGAAGAUGUUUUAACAUUUGAAGAUGAUUUCUCUUCGAUUGUACUGUAUUCUUUUAUUUAGUAUUGCUCUUGUAGCAGGAGAAAUAAAAAAUAAAGUAUGGUGGAAGAAUAUAGUAUUCUAUCAAGUAUAUCCAAGAAGUUUUAUGGAUAACGAUGGAGAUGGUGUAGGUGAUCUAAAAGGAAUAACGGAUAAACUUGAACAUUUUAUUGAUGCUGGCAUUGGUGGUAUAUGGCUAUCGCCAAUAUAUUCAAGUCCAAUGGUUGAUUUUGGAUACGAUAUUUCCAAUUUUCUUACUAUUGAUCCAACAUUUGGAACAAUGGACGAUUUAGAUAAACUGCUCCAAAAAACAAAGAGACUAGGAAUUAAAGUUGUAAUGGAUUUUGUACCUAAUCACACAUCUGAUCAGCAUGAAUGGUUCAUUAAAAGUGUCAAUGGUGAAGAAAAGUAUAAGGAUUAUUAUGUUUGGCUUGAAGGACGAGAAAAUAAUACUAAGCCACCGAAUAAUUGGAUAAGUCUUUUUAGUGGGCCAGCCUGGAAAUAUAAUGAAAAAAGAAAUUUAUGGUACUUACACCAAUUUGAAUAUAGGCAACCUGAUCUUAAUUUUAACAAUCCUGAUGUACAUAAAGAAAUGAACGAUAUUUUGCGGUUUUGGCUUGAUAAGGGUAUCGAUGGAUUUCGAAUUGAUGCAAUUAUUCAUGUUUAUGAAAAAGACGGUUUUCCAGAUGAACCAGUAGUAUAUAAUAAGCUUACGUUAACAACAGAUAAUUAUCUUAAUCUCAAUCACAUUUAUACAAAAAAUGACCCACGAAAUUAUGAUUUAAUUACCGAGUGGAGAAAGACAGUUGAUGAAUGGACGGAUGCACAUAAUGAAGAAGAAAAGGUUCUAAUGACUGAAGCCUAUACAAAUUUAACAAAUCUUAUGAAAUAUUAUACUUACGGAGCCGAUAUUUCUUUUAAUUUUAAUCUUAUUACGGAAGUUAAUAUUACUUCAAAGCCUAGUGAAUUUAAGCAUGUUAUCGAUGAGUGGAUAUUAAAUAUGCCGGAUGGUAAAGUUGCUAAUUGGGUGAUGGGCAAUCAUGAUAGGAGCAGAAUUGCUACGAGAUAUCCUGGAAGAGUCGAUCAAAUGACUAUACUUUCCAUGAUUCUUCCUGGUGUUGCCGUCACUUAUUAUGGCGAGGAGAUAGCUAUGGAAGACAAUCUAAGCAUCACCUGGAAGCAAACAAAAGAUCCGCAAGCCUGUCAUGUCGAUCCCGAACAUUUUAAAGAACUGACACGUGACCCUAAUAGAACUCCGUUCCAAUGGGAUGAUUCCAUAGAUGCGGGUUUCAGUACAGCUUUAGAAACAUGGCUACCGAUACCUGACAAUUAUAAAGAGUUAAACUUAGCGAAUCAAAAAGGUAAACCUGAAUCACAUUAUGUGCUUUACCAAACGUUAACCAAACUACGAAGUACAUCGAUAGCUUUGCAAAAUGGAACUCUAAAGACUACUGUUCUAAAUAAUGAUAGAGUAUUGAUAAUUGACCGUCAAAGUAAUAACGAAGCUAUUGUUCUUCUUAUAAACUUCUCCGAUGAUGUAGCAGAAGUAGUUGAUCUUACAGAUCACUUACCUGGAGCUACCGAAGCUAUUGUUAUUCUUGCUAAUAUAGGCUCAGGUAUUACAUGGAGGUCAAUGGUAUUGGUUUCAAGUAUUGAAUUGCCACCAAAAGUUUCUUUAGUUCUCUUUGCAAAAGUAGAUGGUUCUCAUUCUGAUUCAUAAUAUUAAUAUUUAUAUGCAGUUAAAUAUUAGAAAAUUAGGUAAUAAUUUAUAU